AUGAUCACGGCCACUCUCAUGAAACCGCGCCCGGCGCAACCCAUCGCAGCUCGUCUGCGCUCAGUUCCUGUUAGAUCUUCCACCCAGAUUAGGAAUAAGGCCACAGCGCCCUUCCGUCUUCCCGAUCCCAAAAAUGAGCCCAACGCAUUGUACACCAGAGGCUCACCAGAGCGUGCGAAGCUUGAGGAGGCGUUGACCAAGCUGCGCUCUCAGCUGCCAGUCCAAAGUUCACUCUACUACAACGGCACAGCUCAGCAGAGCGCCCAAUCGUGGGACCAACCACUCCCUGCGGAGCAUGCAACCACCUUCACCAAUUAUCCGCUGGCGACCAAGGAACAAACCAAAACAGCCAUCGACUCGGCUCUCCAGGCAAAGAAAGACUGGCAAGAAACACCCUUUAUCGACCGAGCCUCGAUCUUCCUCAAGGCUGCCGAGCUUAUCACCACCAAGUAUCGGUACGACUUGAUUGCAGCAACCAUGUUGGGCCAAGGCAAAAACAUUUGGCAAGGAGAGAUUGAUGCCGCAGCUGAGCUGGCGGAUUUCUUUCGCCUAAACUGCAAUUAUGCUGCUGAAAUUUUGGAGAGACAGCCUACUCGUGGCAGCGAUGGCAUGUGGACGCGCCUGGACUACCGCCCCCUGGAAGGUUUUGUCUACGCCGUCUCUCCGUUCAACUUCACGGCUCUUGGUGGGAAUCUGAUCUCCGGGCCCGCGUUGAUGGGCAACGUGGUGCUGUGGAAGCCCUCUCCCUCCAAUGUCUACGCCAGCAGCCUCGUAUACAAGAUCCUCCAGGAAGCAGGUCUGCCCCCGAAUGUGAUUCAAUUCGUGACAGGCGAUCCUGAAACCGUCAACGACGUUGUGCUGUCGCACCACGACUUUGCCGCCUUGAACUUCGUCGGCUCGUCCGACGUCUUCCGUUCGCUGUACAGCCUGAUCGGAGAGGGAAUUGGAAAGAAAAGAUACCGAGAAUUCCCGCGAGUAAUUGGUGAAACCAGUGGCAAGAACUUCCACUUGAUCCACUCCUCGGCCGAUAUCUCCAGUGCAGUCAGCCACACCAUCCGAGGCGCAUUCGAGUACCAAGGCCAGAAGUGUUCGGCAACCUCUCGAGUCUAUCUCCCCGAGUCUCGAGCAGAGGAGUUCCUUUCAGGGUUGAAGGCAGGUGUCAAGGAGAUAACGAUGGGAAGCCCGGACAAGGAUCUAGAGGCGUUUAUGGGCCCUGUGAUCCACCGCCGGUCAUUCGACAAAAUCAAGUCAAUUAUCGAUAGCAGCAACAAAGACCCCUCGCUGAAGCUGCUGGCGGGCGGCACGUAUGAUGACUCGGUUGGCUUCUAUGUGAACCCGACAGUCUACCAGGUCGAUUCACCUGAACACCGGCUCUUCAACGAGGAGAUUUUCGGGCCCGUGCUGGCGGUUUAUGUCUACCCUGAUGCGGAGUGGAACUCAACACUAAAGAAAGUGGACGAAGCCGGAGGUAACUUUGCCCUGACUGGCGCCAUCUUUGCUCAGGAUCGUGGGGCGAUCCGCCAGGCUGAGGAUACGCUGCGCUACUCGGCGGGAAAUUUCUACAUCAACUGCAAGACUACGGCUGCUCUCAUCGGCCAGCAAUCGUUUGGUGGUAGUCGUGCUAGUGGCACAAACGACAAGGCUGGCAGCUCUGAUCUUGUGCGUCGGUUUACUAGCCCGCGGUGUAUCAAGGAGGAAUUCUUCCCGCAGAAUGGGUUCAAGUACCCUAGCAACCACUAG